AUGAUAUUUCUUCGAUUAUGCAAAUCGUGCCAAAUGAAAUUAAAAUCGGCCAAAAAAGGCAUUGUGGUCAAACCGAUUGUAUCUAAAGAAAUGAAUAGCCGCUGCCAAGUCGAUUUAAUCGACAUGCAAACCAAUCCUGAUGGUAAUUUCAAAUUUAUUCUUGUUUAUCAAGAUCACCUUACAAAGUUUGUGCAGCUACGACCAUUGCAGACUAAAACUGCUGAAGAGGUUGCUAAAGUGUUGUUAAAUAUUUUUUGCAUAUUUGGAGCCCCGUCUAUUUUACAGUCCGAUAAUGGAAGGGAGUUUGCAAACAAAAUAGUUGAAAAUUUAAUAUCCAUGUGGACAGGACUAAAAAUAAUACAUGGAAAACCACGUCACAGCCAAUCUCAAGGUAGUGUUGAAAGGGCAAAUCAAGAUAUUCAGAACAUACUUAUGACGUGGAUGAAAGACGAAAAUUGUAAUAAAUGGUCUGAAGGACUUAGAUUUGUCCAAUUGAUGAAAAAUAGAGCCCAUCACGCCGGUAUAAAGCGUUCACCAUAUAAAGCUAUGUUCGGCUGUGAGGUGAAAGUUGGUUUAAAGUCAUCUCUAUUUCCCUCCGAAGUAAUUGAUAAUAUUUCUACAGAAGAGGAAUUAGAGGAGCUACUGAGAAAACAGGAAGAAUGCGAACAAAGUAUCGAUGACGAUACUCAAAGUGGAGAGGAAAUGGCACUUAGUAAUAUGUGCGAAAUGUGUACAAACAAAAAUGAUUUAUGUGAUUUGUGCUCAAAGAAAAAUGACUGA